CGCUGCUACCUCCGCUGCCGCCGCCGCCGCCGCUGCCGCCGCCGUCACCGCUGCCACUGCCGCUGCCACCGACGCGGUGGCGUUUGGGGGCGCGAGACUGCGGGAGCCCCAAGGGCGCCUGCCCUUGGCCUUGGCGGAGCCGGGAACCAGCGUGAGUUAAAGUUUGAGAGGCAUCAGGCUGAGCUGACCCUCUGCAGAAUUGUUUUCCUUGGUCGUUGAGGCUCUCACUGUGAUUCCUAUGAAGCAUCUUUGAUAUGGGCUCUUCAGGUUGAGAGAAGAUUCCUUUGGGAACAUAUGUUGGCAGAAAAUUAAUGCUGAUAUUUAAAAAGUGAUAGAGAGUUCUGAGCAUUCAUUUCCUUCUUCACCAGUGGAAUCCUGUUGUUCUUCAGGUCUGUGCUACGGAUGUAGAGCCAGGAAGGACCUCAGAGGCCAUCUAAUCCAAGUCCCACAUUUUACAAAGGAGGAAACUGAGGCCAAGGGAGAGGAAGGAUCUGACUUGUUAGUCAGGUGGCAGAGGAGCAUUGAGGACACAAUGACUGUCAGCAUAGUUUACGAUAACUCUGAGGCCAUGGAGCUGUGUGCAGCUCAGCACCUGUAUCUGAAGCCUAUAGCCAGACUGACCAUCAAUGUGAUGCUGCCUGAAGAUGUCACAUACACUAGAUCAUUUUCCAACUGGGAGAUACUAGACCAGCUGAAGAAUCUCAUUUGCCCAGAUCAGUUUAGCACUGUCCGACUUUCAAAGAGCACCAAGGACUUCAUUCGAUUUGAGGGUGAGGCAGAGACCAGAAGUCUAGGUCAGAUCCUGAAGGCAAAACUGCAUGGGAAGAUCAUUAGGCUGAACGGGUUGAAGAACGGCUUGAAAAUCGUGGCCACAGAUGCCUGGCUAGACUUCCCAUCUCAGCAAGAGUGGGAAUUGGCCUCCCAGAAAAACAAGGCGGCAAGUGACGAGCUUCUUAAACAAAACCUUAAUGAGAGCCCCGAUUCCAUCUACUUUCAAGGGUUGCCCUGCAAGUGGUUUGCAUCCAAGGGCUCCAGUGGGGAAAAGCCGUGUGAAGAGAUCCUCAGAGUGGUGUUUGAAAGCUUCGGGAAAAUAAAGAACAUCGACAUUCCCAUGCUUGAUCCUUACCGAGAAGUGAUGGCCACUGGCACCUUCAACCAUUGUACCUUAGGCAGCCUUCAGACUUUUGAAGCCUUCAUCCAGUAUCAGGAGUAUGCUGAUUUUGUCAAAGCCAUGGAAUCCCUGAGGGGAAUGAAGCUGAUGCUCAAGGGGGAAGAUGGGAAAGCCCUGGCCUGCAACAUCAAGGUUAUGUUUGAUACAACCCAGCACUUCAGUGAGGGCGCUAUAAGGAAAAGAAACCAGGAAAGGUUAAAAUUGCAAGAGCUGGAACAGGAGAGAAAAAGAGAAAAGAAGCGAGAAGAGGCAGAAAGAAAACGAAAAGAUGAUGAGAAGAAGCUCCGAGAGAAGAAAAGGAAAACCAAGAUCAAAAAGAAAGAACAGAAGCAGAAACCGAAGGAGGAGAAGCGCCCGAAAAAGAAAGCUAAAGCUGAGGAAUGUGGAAAAGUUAACAACCAGGAAGUGGAGAAUCCAAAACCUGAAGAAGCUUGUGUUCUAGAGUAUGAGGUGAAGACAUUGAAGAAGGAAGAGCCAAACCCUCCAAAUCUUCUGUGCCAAGAGGCAAAGAAGAAAACAUCGAAGAAGAAGUCUGUCAAGUGUGAAAGAACCCUAAUCCCCCAAAGCAAGAAGAGGAAUGACUUAUCUGAAUCUUCUUGCCAUUUGGAGAAAACCCUUCCAGAUGACCCAGCUGAAGGAGAAGGCACUGACAAAUUAAUACCUGACACAUGCAAGCACAGUUUUGUCUCUCACUUGAACUCCUUACAGAUUACAAUUAAGCAGGACUUGAGCCAGGCAGUCCACUCUGUUGAAGAAGAAGACGAAGAAGAUGAUGAUGAUGAAGAAGAAGACUGGCAUUUAUCGAAUAAACCCUCUAAUCCCAGGCUUCGUAAAGAAGGCUAUCGCAGAAAACAGAAAAUCUAUGAAACUGAUGAAUUUAUUCACUACCUGUUAAAUUACUAUCAGCCUCCACAAUAUGCUCGUGUUUACGAAGACACAAAGGAUGCCAUGAGCAAAUCUUGGUGGCGGAGGGAGGUCCAUGACAACGGAAAUGGGUUUCAGAUCAACUUGAACCAAUCAGACCAUCACAUCUCGCAAAAUGGACAGAAGGUCGGUUGGACCCCGAAGGAUGAUCAGCAGUGGAAGCUUGCCCGUGAAGAGUGGGAGCCCAGACCAAGAAAGGCUAUAAACACAAGCCGUGCUGAAGAGUUUGCAAAGACAGUUGAACACCAUUACAUAGACCCAGGCAACGAAGCUGCUGAUCUUGUGUCUAAUGUGGGUGGAAAGCAGUGCCCUUGGCAGAACUCCCAUAUUGGCCCUAUGAAAGACUACAAGUAUAAGAGUAAGAGAAAGAGUUCUUCCCAAUCCAAGUUUGCUGGCUUCUCUUAUGAGGUAACAGACUUCUUAGAAGAGAUUAGUAGUGAUUCUGAUUGCUUUAAUGAGACAUUGAGUGAAGAGAGUGAGCAGCAAAGCUCUUCUCCAAAUGCAGGCCGCUUGGUGAAGGUGAUGGAAGGUUCAGAUUACUACACUGAAAUUGUUGCCUUUGAUCAAGAAAAGAAAUGUAGCCAGUGUGGCAUGUGCCCAAAGUUAAAACCCAUCGACUUGACAAAGCCCCUUAGAUCCAAGCUUAAGAAAACAGUUAAGAGGUCCAGGAAUGAAUUGAAAUGCCCAGGGCCCAAAGGUGAAUGUGAAACCAAUGGGGUUGAGGAAAACACCAGAAAAAAGAAGAAAAAGCCAUUCGUAGAAGACAGACUUGAUGAAGACAACUGCCCUGCACCAGACCCCAGCAGUUUACGGUCCCUCAAAAAACCCGAGAAGAAACGGAGCAAAACGAUGGAAUCCAAAAUGAAAUGUAAAGCUUCUUGUAUGCCGAUAGCAUCUUCACAAAGUGUUGACGUCCCCCUGGUCCAGGGGCUUUCUGAGGAUAUGAGUGAUCCUUGGAAGCUGAAAUCUGAUCAAGACAUAGGCAUCUCCAACAGAUGGGUUAAAUGGAAGGAAGGAACCCCGAAUUCCAAUGAUUGUCUCGCCAGCUGUGACAGUCCAGAUCCUCUUGCCUCUGAAAAUGGUUUCAAAAAGAGAUCUUCAGUCUUUAAAUUGAAGAGUUUUUGAAAGCCACUGAGCUCAGACACCCGAUUUUUUCAUAAUGAUAAAUGAUCUGAGAAGAGAAAAGCAAAAAAAAAAAUGCAAAGCAAGACUUUAGGAAUUCAUCGGCUAGAUAGCAAGAUGUUACUUAAAAGUUUUAGUUGUGGCCAAUUUAACCCCUCAUCUAGUAUAGCUCAUAUAUUGUGAUGACAGCAGGUAUGUUAGUAAGGCUUGGGGAGAUUUCUAAAAUGUGCUUGCAGAUCACUGCUAACUAAGAGUGAGCAAUCCAGUAGUUUAAUUGAACCUUCAAUAGAGUGUCCAGCAAAGUGAAAAUAUAACCUUUGGAGUAGGAAAACGUCCUUAGCCACAUUUUCUUUGCUCUUCCCUGAUUGUUACCCAAAACGACAGUUGGGAAUAAAGGAUUUCUUUUUCUGUUUUCUCUCA